UCUCCAACUCAAAGCUCAAGUCUCAAGUCUGGCUUACGCAUUCCUCACUUAAUAGAGACAUGUGCCAAGAAUUUGGCCCACGUUGAGAUUUUUCAGGGAUAUGGUAUGACAGAAGCCUGCGGAAAAAUUUCAUUGGAGAAUCCAAAGCAUGGGCGUCGUUUUUCGGGUUCAACUGGAACACUCAUGCCUGUAAUAGAAUCCAAAAUUGUUAGUGUCAAUACAAUGAAACCCCUCCCACCACAUCAGAUAGGAGAAAUAUGGAUUCGAGGACCGACUAUCAUGCAAGGCUAUUUUAACAAUCCAGAGGCUACAAAGCUAGCUAUGGAUGAAAAAGGAUGGCUGCGUACUGGGGAUCUUGGAUAUUUUGAUGAACAAGGACAAUUAUUUGUUGUAGACAGGAUAAAGGAGCUUAUAAAAUGUAACGGUUUUCAGGUCGCACCGGCAGAGCUUGAAGGAUUGCUACUUUCUCAUCCUGAAAUUGUGGAUGUUGUCGUCAUUCCAUUUCCUGAUGUUAAAGCUGGAGAGGUUCCCAUAGCAUAUAUUGUUCGCGCUCCCAACAGCUCACUAAAUGAAGAUGAUGUUAAAAUUUUCAUUGCAGAAAAGGUUGCACCUUACAAAAGAUUGAGAAGAGUCACUUUUCUCAAUAGUGUCCCAAGGUCAGCCUCGGGAAAGAUAUUGAGGAGAGAGCUCAUACAGAAACUUCGAUCCAAGAUAUAGGAUACCAAUUUCUCUUUUUCCUUCGAGAAAAUUUAAGGGUUGAAGUUCAUUACUAAUGUUUUGUGAAUUCUCGGUUUGUGAGUUGUUAUACCACUGUAAUAUUCUUAGGUGUGCAUGUAAUAUUUAAUCCAAAUAGUUAGCAAA